AUUUGUCAUAUUGGCUGUGAGGUGUAUUCCAGUCUCUGUUUUGUUUGAUUUUGGAGUGUUCUGUGUGGAAAGGUUAUAGCUUUAUAGUCUCAGCUGAGAUGACUACUGUUAAUGAUUUGGUGUUGCCUUUGAAAACAGGUUGGGAAUGGCGUAAUGUCAUCUACAGGUGGCUUAGAGUUUCACCUUAGUACUAUGUAGUCUACUUUUGAUUCCUUCAGCAGAGACAGGCUUGUAAGGAUUUCAGUUUGAGUGUAUCUCAAUUCAUUGGUUUAAUCUGAAAGGGAAUAGGAAGAAUCAAGCAAGUUUUAAUCUAUUUUAAGAAGAUCACAGUGUGAAAGAUUAAGACUGAAAAUAAAUAGAAAGAACAUACAAGCCUGACUUUGUGAAGCUUGUUUUCUUUUAAGAAUGCUUGACCAGUGUUUUGAGGGGAAUAUUUUGCUGAGAAAGAGGUUAAAAAUUGUGUGAAAAAAAUGCUGAUUAAAACAAAAUAUGUUUAAUUUCUUAUAUUUUUUAAGAAUAUUUUUGGGGCUUUUUGCCUUUAUGAAGAGCGAGUGAGGACAGGACAGUGAAGAGCGAGACAGGAAGUAAGUGGGAGAGAGAGAUGGGGUGGGAUAGGGAAAUGAGUGCAGGUCGGAUUCAAUCCUGGGUCUCCGGUUUCAUUUCUUAUUUAUCACUUUCUUUUUUGUUGCCUCCGUGAAAUCUUUUGUUGUCUUAGAUUUCGUUUCCCAUGAUACUGGGUGGAUAAUAUUCCCUUUGUGGCCAGUACAGUCCAGUGUCACAAACCAUGAUGGAUUCCUUUCCAGUGCCCUGCCGCCACAGAAGCCUCCCGGUGGAAACGGAUGAGGCCAUGACCUCGUCCUCGCUGAACCUGGCCUGGUCAGCCUGCCAGCAGUGCCUCGAGCCCAGGCAGCCUUCACAGGCUCCGCAGAUUGCCGAUGAGUGGUCGCCGCCCCCCGUGACAAUCAACGUGUGCGGAGUGGAUUACCCAGACGAGACGGGUCUGGAACUCUCCAUGGACCUCUCCUCGGCCCCAGGGGUCCCCAGCAUCAGCUCCUGGAUGGACAAGGUGCCCAGAAAAGACUCCCCAGUCCGGAGCUACUACAGACCUCCUAAGGAGCCCCCCAGCCUGGACCCUGGCAGCCUGGAGCCUCCCCAGCCUCUCCGCUCCGACACCAACCCUGUGUGCCUGAGGCCCAUGCGCUGCCACUUGCCCUGCUGUACUAACCCCAUCCCACCUCUGUGUCAUCCUGCGCAUGGGAUCCGCUUUUCCCAGCCCUGCCCAUGCCUGCACCAAGUCGAUCCAGCCCGACAGCACUUCUGCCCAAACAAAGAGCCUGUACAAGACCCACUCCACCAGCCAGACCUUAAUAAAAACACUACCCCUGUCAGAGAAGUUAUGACGGAGAUGUGCCCCACACCCUCACUACCUCUUGCCCCAAGUCACAUUCCAACACAGGAAAUGAGAAAGACCAUCAGUCUACCUGAUAACUGCCGAAACCUUUUCAUAACAUACUCUAUAGACACAGCUGAGGAAAUUCCUGCAUUUGUGAGUUUCUUGAUGACACAGGGCUUUCGUCCAUAUAUUGAUAUAUUUGACGACCCUGUAAGAAGACUGGAUAUAAAUAAGUGGAUGGAUAGUUUUUUAAAAGAUAAAUCCGUGUUGAUUAUCAUGGUCAUCAGUCCCAAAUACAAAAUUGAUAUUGAAGGUGAUGGCUCAGAUGAACAUGGACUGCACACCAAGUACAUCCAUAGUCAGCUACAGAAUGAGUUUAUUCAGCAGCGCUGCCUGAAUUUCCGACUUGUCCCAGUGUUGUUCUCAAGUGCAACUCGGGACCAUAUUCCCAUCUGGCUGCAGAGCACACGCAUCUACCGAUGGCCUCAGGACAUGCAGGAUCUGCUGCUCCGCCUGCUUCGAGAGGAGCGCUACGUCGCCCCACCCAUGGGGAAGGAGCUCACCCUCACCAUCAGACCCAUCUGACACACACAUUUGUGAACUCAACUGACUAGCUUAGCCUAAUGCAGUGAGGCUAUUCAUUGAUCCACGCCACUGGGCAGGGGCCAUUGUGGAAGUCUCAGCAUGAGGUCUCACUAUUUUUCACCAAAGAUCAAAGACUCUGUAAAUAAUAUUCUAUGGGUUCUAAUUCCUCAUAAUGACAAUUCCUGAUUGAGUCUGUACAACACAAAGGGAAAAAGGGGACAUAAAAAAUGUCAACAUUUAGCCACCGGAGGGCAAUGUGGACUACAUAUUCUAGUACUCAAGAGGGUGCUGCUUUGCCAUGUACUGUAUGUGCUUUGCACAUGUGCAGAUGCCUUGCUGGUAGGUGAAAAUGCUUAUUAAAUCUCUAAUGUUCUGAAAAA